CAUACUUCAAGACGAAGACUUAGAAAUAGACAAAUCUGAAAGUGUUCGAAACAAUAUUAUAAAAUAUUUUAAUCAAUAAUUUUAUAAUAUAUAUUAUGACUAUAAAUUGUGAUUGACACGUAUACUGUUCAUGUAUUCAACUUUUAAGAGAGUCACAGUGCUUAUGUGUUUAAGUUAGAUUGAGAAACAUAAACUGAUGCGUAACACAAAUCGAAUAUACUAUACUGUGUUUACAGUUUGCAUUUUAAGCUCCUGAAUUGAAUAUAAUUUUCAUGUUGUCGGUUUAGUUCUGGCGCAGUCCGCACAGGUACACGCUCAUUAGCUCGCGGUUACUCGUAAGUAAAGGAAGUGCAAUGAAUCCGGUCUGUUAUAACGGGAGCAGUGGUAGACUUAUCCACGAAGCCGAUCAAUUAAUAUCGUAUAUAGAAAGGGGUACAACAGUUUUAAAAUUAUUUCCACGAAAACGACCAGAACGCCGUAUUUUGACUGUGCGACGGGAAACUCAUCAAGUGCUGUGGUGUAGACAAGGGGCUACCCAGAGACAUUCAUAUGAAGGAGCAUUAGACAUAAAAGUUAUUAAAGAAGUGAGGCAUGGAAAAUCAUCUAAGGAUUUUGAGAGAUGGCCAGAGGAAACAAAAAGGCUUGAAAAUUCAAAAUGUUUCACAAUUUAUUACGGAAGUGAUUUUAAAUUGCGGACAGUAUCUUUUGCAGCUCAAACUGACAAAGAAGUUGAAUCUUGGAUAAAAGGUUUGAAAUUUCUUAUUGAAGAGGCUAUAAGUGCUCCAUAUCCAUUACAAAUUGAGAGGUGGCUCAGGAAAGAAUUUUAUGCUAUUGAAAAUUCACAUGAAAAAGUAACAUUGAAGGAUGUAAAAACAUUUCUGCCAAAGAUUAACUGCAAGAUUUCCACAAGUAAAUUGAGAGAUAUAUUCCAAGAGAUUGAUACUACAAGAAGAGGAGAAAUUGGAUUUGAUGACUUUUCUAUGCUUUAUCAUAAAUUAAUUUUUGAUGAAAAUAAUGUUCACGAUAUUUUUGACAAGUAUUCGCUAUACUGCGCGAAUGGGACCACAAUUUCGCUGCAUGAAUUUCAAAGAUUUUUGCAAGUGGAACAACAUGAUCGCUUGGGGGAUGAUGAAGCACGAGCUUCACAAUUCAUUAGAGACUAUCUCCGAGAUCCACAGAGAGAUAUAUACGAACCUCACUUCACGCUAAGCGAGUUUAUUGAAAUGCUAUUUUCUAAACAAAAUACUAUAUGGGAUAGUAGAUAUGAUGGCGUCACCCAAGAUAUGACAAGACCGUUAGCACAUUAUUGGAUAUCAUCUUCCCAUAACACAUAUUUAACAGGAGAUCAAUUGUCUAGUGAAUCAUCCAUAGAAGCAUAUGUACGUUGUUUACGUUCUGGUUGUCGCUGCAUUGAGUUAGAUUGUUGGGAUGGACCAGAUGGAACACCCUUAAUAUAUCAUGGUCAUACAUUAACAACAAAAAUAAGAUUUGUAGAUGUUUUGCGCACCAUAAAAGAACAUGCCUUUUUCAGCACCGAUUAUCCACUGAUCUUAUCAAUCGAGGAUAAUUGUUCGUUGGGCCAACAAAGGAGAAUGGCUAGUGCUUUUCAAGAUGUAUUCGGUGACAUGUUAGUCAUCCAACCGUUCGCGAAGGGCGAAACAUGUUUGCCAUCACCUCAUGAUUUACGAAAGAAAAUAAUUCUGAAGCACAAGAAACUUCCAGAAGGUGCUGAAGAAAACUCGUUCUCAAUCCGCCAAGAGGAAUGCAAAGAUCUAGAUCUUCGCCAUUCUAUCAAAAAUGGUAUCCUAUUAUUAGAGGAUCCAGUUGAUAAAGAAUGGAACCCACAUGCUUUCGUGCUUACUGAAAACAAACUUUACUAUACAGAACAUUAUAGCACACAAAACGAGAACGAUAUUGACAGUGAUGGUGAACAGGAGUGUGAUACCAUGAAUGUUCCACAAGAUGAGUUGCACUUCGGAGAAUCUUGGUUUCAUGGUAAACUGGCUGGUAACAGACAAGAAGCUGAAAAUUUACUAAGGCUUCAUUCACAUCUAGGUGAUGGCACGUUUCUUGUUAGGGAAAGUGUUACGUUUGUCGGCGAUUAUUGUUUGUCAUUCUGGAGGCAAGGCAAAGUGAACCAUUGCCGAAUAAAAUUGAAACAAGAGCGAGGCUUGACGAAGUAUUAUUUGAUUGAUUCUGUUUGCUUUGAUAGUCUGUAUAGCCUCAUAACGCACUAUAGACAGCAUCCACUUCGAAGCCAGGAGUUCCUGAUAACAUUAAAAGAGCCUGUACCGCAGCCCAAUAAACACGAGGGAAAAGAGUGGUAUCAUCCAUUUUGUACAAGAGCUCAAGCUGAAGAACUUCUUAGGAAAGCAAAUAUAGAUUCUGCAUUUUUAGUAAGACCCAGCGAAAAAGAACCAGGUUCUUAUGCAAUCAGCUUCAGGACGGAAAGAGAAAUUAAACAUUGUCGUGUAAAGAAAGAAGGCAGAUUGUACACAAUUGGCACUGUUAAAUUUGAAAGUCUAGUGGAGCUUGUGUCAUAUUAUGAGAAACAUCCUUUGUAUAAGAAGGUCAAACUCUGGGUUCCAAUCAGCGAAGAUAUUGUGAGGACGCUUAUUUCGGAGCCUGACGAUACAUCCGUGUAUGGGACACCAGGAUACAUGGAUCCAUCAACUUUCACCUCCAAGGUGACGGUGAAGGCGCUUUAUGAUUACAAAGCAAGGCAAGACGACGAGUUAUCCUUUUGCAAGCACGCAAUAAUCACAAACGUGGAUAAACUGGAUGAGGGUUGGUGGAGUGGGGAUUAUGGCGGGAAGAAACAUCAUUGGUUUCCGGCUAACUAUGUUGAAGAGAUCCACAUGCCUCAGAUGCCUAGUAUUGCGGGUCUAGAAAACGAUUCGGCUUUAGGAUCUCUACAGAAGGGCGUGGUUGAUGUAUUAGGUGCGGUCGUUGAAUUAGCCGUCGGAGAGGAAAGUGGUUUAGCGAGAUGGAUAGUCCGUAUACAAAGCCCUUCCAUGUGUGCUCCGUUCGAUAUGGCAGCACCGUCGCGCGAGAACGCCUUAGAAUGGCUCUCAGCUAUAAAAGAAGCAGCUCACAGUGCAAGCGCAAGAUCGUUAGAACACCGUAAAAUGGAACGCACAUGGCGCAUUGCUAAGGAUAUCUCAGACUUAAUUAUCUAUUGUCGUUCUGUUACGUUCAACCAAGAAAAAUUACGCAGCAAGGGUUUCGUCUACACCGAAAUGUCUUCGUUCCCAGAAUCGAAAGCGGAACGCCUUAUGUGUCAGCAAGAGACCGCGUUCUUUUUGAAAUAUCAUUCUAGACAGCUUAGUAGAAUUUACCCCAAGGGUCAGCGCAUCGACUCUUCCAACUACAAUCCGGUUGGCUAUUGGAAUGUUGGUUCACAGAUGGUUGCGCUCAAUUUUCAAACGCCGGAUAAGCCCAUGCAGGUCAACAUGGCUAAAUUCAAAGAGAACGGUGGAUGUGGUUAUGUUCUCAAGCCGGAUUUUAUGUUUGACGACGCUUAUAAUCCGUAUGAAAAGGGAUACAUCGAAAAGAGAGUAAAACCAGUUACUGUGAUGCUGCGUGUUAUAGCAGCAAGACAUCUAUCCAAGACCGGUCGAGGAACAGCCAGCCCAUUUGUGGAAGUUGAAAUCUUUGGCGCGGAAUAUGAUAGUGGUGUGAAGCUCGUCACGAAGACAGUUUGUGACAACGGAAUCAACCCGAUAUGGAAUGGUUUCUGCGAGUUUGAAAUUGCAAAUCCCGAAAUAGCAAUGAUUCGCUUCGUAGUCCAAGACGAAGAUAUGUUCGGAGACCCUAAUUUCGUUGGACAGGCCGUAUAUCCAUUGAAAUGCUUACGCACUGGCUACAGAAGCGUUAUACUAAAAAAUGGUUAUUCGGAGGAAUUAGAGCUGUCAUCUCUACUGGUUCAUAUGGCGAUUAUUAGUCGUUGUUAAGACUUGUUGUGGUAUGGACAUACAAGGAUGAGGAUGCAGUAUUGGACGGAAACAGAAGAGUCUAAUGGGCAAAGUCCCAAAUUUUUCUACAUACUUUUCAACACAAAGAAUAUAUUUUGUCUGACAAUUACCUCGCAUCGUCAUGACAUAACACGAUGUAGGCAUAGUCUCAAAUUAUUUAUCACAAAGGCAAUAUUUUUUCUUAUUCGUGGUAUGAUACGGUGAAGUGGGGAUAGUCUCACACUUCUAUCAAUACAAAUUUUUUUGCCUAUCAUUGUCAUGGUAUGAUAAUGAUACGAUGCAGUGGGCAUAGUCUCAGGAUUUUCAUCACAAAGGCAAAUCUUUUUUUCUGACAUUUUCUUGGCAGCGUUAUUUAUGGUAUGUAAGGUGAAGUUGUAAUAGUCUCAUACUUAUCAAUACAAAUAGUAUUUUUUGUCUGUCCUAUAUAUAUAUAUAUUAAUUAUUUUUAUUUAUUUUUUUCGAAGCAAAUAACUUACUCUAUAAAGUCUUUCUAAUAUCAAGUAAUUGUAGAAUAUGAUUAAUACGUUUGUACAACAUGACUGAUAUAUACAUUUUUAUUUUAAUAAUCGCUCUUUUAUAUAAUUACGUUUAUGGGGAUACAUUAAAUAGAUUUUUUAAAUAAAUAAACUUUUAUAGCAAAAAGCUGGGAAAAAAAAGAUGAUGAUAGUAACUGUGUGACUGUAUGUAUAUUUAUAUUUUUUUCGGUUAUAUUUAUUUUAUGCUGACGUUCGGAUGUCAUUACAUACUUAAGACUCAUUUCGUGAAGGGGAAAAGGUUUGCCAAAUUUCUUCAAAUCAAAUUAGUGUGGAUUCUAUGCCUACUUAUUAAAAGCAUUAAUGAAGAAUAAAUUUUAUCGUAAACCAAAAAUCUAUCCACUCUGCUUUAUGUUAGUUUCUUACAAAAGAAUUAACUUUUCCGUAGCCUUCUUUAUAUGAGUUAUGAAAUGGAUAGUAUAUGAUUUAUUAUAAUGUUAAAAGUAAUCAAUGCAAGUUGAACAUUUAUAGAUAUUUUCGAGGAGUAUACCUCUGAAUUAUAUUUGAAAAUCUCAUUUAAUUAUAUUAUUAUGUUUCACAAUAAUAUUAUAACGGUGUAUAGACAUAAGUAUUUUUUUUGUAUUUCACUAAAUGCAUUUAAUCGUAUAUUCCUUUUAUUAGUAUAUUUACUCUAUUUUAAUAAGUGCUUAUGCUUUGAUUAUGUAUUGGUCUCCGCUGCGCUCCAACUAGAUACCGCACUAAGAACAAUAGCUUUUUUAUAAUGGAAACUAUUAGAUGCUUAUGUUUGUGGCAUUUUGACACUCAAUGGAAUCUUUCAAAUUUUAUAACAUACGCUUCGUGUUAUUUUACAUUGAAAUUAAUAAAAUACAAAAUACUUACUGAUAAUAUGUAAUCCCAGUGUCUUUCUUAUUUCUUGUAGUAUUAUUUUUACAAAGUUUUACUACGCAACCCGGCAUUUUCGUUUCAAUCAUUAGCAAAGUCGAGUACGCCCACUUGGGCGUAGUAUUCGUUGCUGCACUUUGCGACUACGCCUGCGCUAUCUAGUUGGAGGGGAGCGGAGACCAAUCCAUAAUCAAAGUGCUUAUAGUUAUAAAUAAUGAAUGAUUGACCUUGACUCUUAUUAAAAAUAUAAGUUUUUUGUUGAACAAUCUCAAAAUAACACAUCACAUAAUUAAUUGCCAUCUUAUUAAAUUAUAAUUCUCACAAUCCCUCUUACGAAAGAGCACCUCUUUAGUUUUUGAGACAAAAAAUUAUUAUCUAAUUAAUUACUGUUUAAGUAAAUUUAAAACAAUUGUUGUUGCUUACCUUGGAUACCUUGGAGUAUAGUGUGAAAGAAAAGUUGAAGUGACCUUAAGCGUUCUUACUUAUAGGCCCAAGUAUAACCAAACUCACACAUUUGCAAAAUAAAAUGAAUUGAAAUCACACACAAAAUAAUGAUGUGAUUGUCUUCAAAUUACAAAUCAAACUUUUUAAGAUCACCAAUUCGAAAGAGAGAUAAUAAAGAAAGUUUUGGUGUCCAUGGGGAACAUACAUGCAUAUGAAUACAAUGACACAAAGAUAUCAUAUUUUGCUAUAUCUGUGAUAAAGAUUUAUAUUAAAUAAUGAAAAUGGAAUAUCCUUUUAUAAAAAUAAUAGUAAUAGUCUUAAAAAAAUUCAAUAUUUUAGUGAGGACAUGUACCACAUAUCACAUCGGACUGGUCUUAUUAAUAAAGGCGGUGUAAAGUUUCUCCAAGUUUGAAAUUAUUUCUCCCUGUUAUGUAACGGCCGUUCUCAAUAUACUAUCUACAGAUAGAGAUAAAUUACUACCUUCUACUGUCAGUAAUUAGCUGUCAAUAAUCUGAAACUAUCCCAAUAUACCCGUUAAGUCAUUCUUAUCGCCUUAUAUUGGGACGCGUGAAUUGCAAUUUCCAUACAAACUUCUAUCGCUUAUAAGCUAUAUGUCAUCCCAUUGACAGACAGCGUGUACGGAUAAGGUGAGUUACUGUCGAUACGUUUAUUGGGACAGAAAAGUCAACGAUAGUUACGAUUUUUACCUCGAGUAAGAGAUAGACUGAAUAUUGGGAACGUCCGUAAGUCGUAUUAACAAAGGUAAGAUUAAAGACAAAGUUUUAAAUUUGGAAUAACUUUAUUUCGCGUUUAUUCAUAACAGAGUUUGUCCUGUUUAAUUUAAAUAACAGUGUGAUUGAAUUAUAAUAUUCGUGAUUCUUCACAACUAAAGUAUGAAUAGUGUGCGUGAUCAUUGCAGCUACGUAAUGUUUAUAAUAAUUUUGAGUACAUAAUACUGAUAUUAUGAUUAUUAUAUACCUUAUUAUAAUAUAUUCAUGAGUCUAUGAAAAUAAAUUUGUAACUGAAA